GCAAACGUGAAGGAAGAGGAAGAAGAAUGAGGCUGGUUCUAACCAGACGAAGUUUGAUCAGGCUGUUCAGGUCUCUGUAUACGUUUGUAAGGUUGUGACGACAUUCUGACUGAACCUUCGUGCACAACACUCACACGCGAUGGCUUCGGAAGAGUCACGACAGCCGGGAGCAGAAGAAGAGCCAGCGGAAAACGAAGUCGCGAAGCAGUCGUCGCCACAAGCGAAAGCACUCUUCACUGCAACUAUUGGAGCAUCGCUCGUUCUAUUUCUCUGCCUUGGAGGGAUAGUGUUCUACCUGAAUAUGGAUGACAAUGGUGGUUUGGCACCCGGCCCUUCUACGAGGCUUACUGGGUUGCCCCCGAAGCGAGAUACACAAAGCGUGCCUACCGUUCCCCAGAUCUCCCAGCCUAGCACUCCCUCUUCAGAGACAGGUACUCCGCCAACCCCACCAACCGGAGGCAAUCAGUCGAGUCUGCACGAAGUUCUGCAAGCCGAAGACAACGACGAGGAGUGAAUCGCAGGACACUUGUUCGCGUAGCUUAUGAGCAAAUUUACUAUAAUUUUUUGCGCAUUGCUAUUUUCAAUAUUUAACAGUUUUAUAUAGAUCUAGUUUGUCAAUAUAUGUAAACUGUUAUUAACUGUCACGA